AUGGGUGCCUCUGGAAUUAACCCAUAUGGAAUCACAUCACUCCAAACGCCGCCCAUGAAAACGCAGCAAGAGUACGACGUGUCGCUAUUGCUAUCCAUGCCGCGCUCGGCCCCAAACGUGGAGCGCGGUAACUUUAUGAUCAGCCUGCACAUGCUCGGCCCCAAAGCUGACGUUUGGCUUCACACCCAGGCUGAACAACAUGCGUCGUCACACCAAGGGUUUGAUCAAGCCAAUGUUUUGUUCAGUUCCCGCAGGCCUGCUUUGUUUCCUUACGUGGAUCCGCUCGUGUCUGUAGCAUCCCGUCUUCUGUUUCUGAUUUACCACCUGUUUACCCCGGGAUCGAGCACGAACUCCGUGAUCAUCCCAUUGGCCGAGCGAGUCUCUUUCUCAAAGGACUCAUUGUUACCUAAGUCGGCAUACAUUGAGGUGGAGGCAGGUCAAACAAUACAGGUGUACCAUGCUUACCUACAGCUUACGGCUCAACUUCGCGGGCUUCGUUGGAUGAUGGUUCACUAUCGUAUUUCAACAUUCCUGGCUCUUACCGUUGUUUUCUGGGCCUUUGAAAUUGUAUUCAUGGGUGUAGCUUGGGGAAUAUGGAGCGUUGCCUCAGGAUCACCGCCUGCAGAAGACGAUGCCAAAGUCAGGAGACUCAAGGGUUUGAGGGAUGACCAUGAAGAGGAGCUCACGGACCACGAAGAGACCUUUCCCACGUAUGGCAAGCAACGGCCUCUCAAGUACGAGCCGGACAUCAAACCAGAAUUGGACCCCGAUCAGCCCCUGUCUGAAAUUCCUCGAGCAGGAGCUGAUGCUGACGAUGAAGACGAUGGAAGCUUUGACGACAAGGACGAGGAUGUGGAACACAAGGACUCGGGUAUUGGCACGAGUUAUAGUGAGGACGGUACUUCAAGUAUUCGACGGCGAACAUCACGUAAUAGACUAUGA